UUAAGUUUGAUAAACCUCAAUUAUCUACGUACGACAAGCUUUCGCAUAUUAUUGGCUUAUUGACACGAGUCUAUUUAGAAAUCAGGCGUGAAAAUUGUGGCUUUAUUUUGUUCAAAGUCAACACUACAUCUACGAAUUGAGGUACUUUUUCACACCAAGGUGUUUGUAUUGAACUUUGAACUGAACACUUCGCGUCAAAAUGAGGAUUUUAUUCGGAUUAAACGUAUUUGUGUAUUUGAUGGCGUAUUUCCUCGUUGAAGCUCAACCAGAUGAACCUGCAACACAAGCGGAUGAAUAUGAAGUAUUCGAGGACGAACUGGGAAAUGAAUCCGAAAGAGAUUUUUAUCCAACGGAGAAGAAGCACGGCUUGUGUAGAGAAUGUUCUUGCCCGCCAACCCCACGAUGCGAACCCGGUGUCAGCUUGAUCACAGACGGAUGCGGUUGUUGCAAAAUAUGUGCCGGACAACUGGGAGAAAAAUGCAAUCGACGCAGAGUUUGCGAUCACCACAAGGGUCUACAUUGUGAUGAAAAUACAGGGACAUGCAAAGCUCGUCCUGGUAGAUCAUGUCACGUGGCCAACAAAUGGUAUGCGAAUGGGGCUCUGUUUUCACCUACUUGUCGAAUCACUUGCUCGUGUAUUGAUGGGGAUCUUGGCUGUGUAUCUAAAUGUAAACCAGCACCACCAAGCUGUGCAUAUCCAAGAUUGAUUCGAUCAUCAGGUAAUUGUUGUGGACACUGGAGAUGCUCGAGUCACCCAACCGAAGCCGCGAGGGGAGGGAAAACUUCGGCUAUUUUUAGUCCCGCGACAUCAUGCAUGAUUCAAACGACUGAAUGGUCACCAUGCACAAAAACAUGUGGAUUUGGAGUCAGCGAGCGAAUUACAAACGACAACGAUAAAUGUAAAUUAACUAAAGAAACAAGACUUUGCAUCGUGAGACCGUGUAAGGGGAACACAUCUCCGAGAAAGCCCAAAAGAUCCUGCCGCAAAACUCUACGUCAUAGCAAGCGUGUUCGAUAUUCUAUCAGUGGGUGCUUAACGACGAAGUCAUACAGACCGCGAUAUUGUGGAACAUGCAGACAUUCUGGUAAAUGCUGCAAACCGCAAAUGACCAAAACCGUUGAAAUGGACUUUCGCUGUGAAAACAAUCCGCUUUCUGUCGUCAAAUCACCUUCUAAUACCUACAUAAUGAAGCGAAAAAUGAUGGUUAUUCUCAGUUGCGUGUGUGGUGACUACUGUAUCAACAAUGAAAACGAAAUUUUUUCAAACUCAAUUCGUGCUCUCAGGGGUGAUAUUGAUAGAACAAUAUGACCAAAUUAAUGCUGGAAGCGUAAUUUCACAUAAAAUAGCUAGGCAACUUUGAGCUAGCUGAUCAUCUUUCCCAACCGGGAAGAGAGCAUUGGCAAUGUCUGUGAAACCUCAAAAUUCAACCACCGGUCGUUCAUUGCUCUUGAAGGGGUACUCCCGCAGCGUGUGUACCAGGGGUUAGAUCAUAAUUUUAUUCCGAUUUUCCUUAUUUUAGUUUUAUUACAGGUUCGGGGAAUGUCUGUGUUAGCCAAGUGAAUAUACCCCCUGCUCAUAGGCUUCCGUCCCUUUACACAACUUGAUGUAAAGUAGGCGAACAAAAUUAGUUACCUCCAUAUUGAUACACACACUUCUGGAGCGCCUUGAAAGCAUGUAAUAUCCCAACUUGUUGCUUGGAAAUCAAAUUCAAGCUUAUGGCCUGCCUAAUACGCGUACACAAUUGAGGCUCUCUCUAAAUUAUAUUGUCACUCGGUUUGGAAAUAUGUGGUUCUUCUAGGUUCCACAAACAGGUUCCCAAAUAAUUAAUUUCCAAAUUAAGCAAAAACAAAUCUAAAUAUUUAUUAACAAAAAUAUUUACUGAAAAAUAAGCACUCUCUAUGAGUAGAUAAUAAAUUGCGAGAGUGUCCAUGUUUUUACAUUCUUUGUUGUACUUCGUGUUUGACUAACAUCAGGCAGGUAUCAAAUGUCGGAGGUCAUUGAACACAUUUUAUGGAACAGUUUUUUAAUAUUUUUCUAUUCACUGUCACGACAAGUCUACAUAUAUUUUUCGUAUACCGACGAAAGUAUCAUCGUAAUAUUAUUUUUAUUAUUGUUAGCAUAUUUCUCAUUCUUACUGUCAUUUUUAAAUUAUUUUCUUCCAUUUUUACUGCGCUUUCUUUAUUUAAUUAUUUUAACUAAUUAUUAUUUUGCAAAAUAAAUCGUAUUAAAACAAAAUA